AAAUUCAAAACAAGCCUUGUGUAGAUUAUGGAAUCUUAAUAAGAGGAAGUUUAAUAAUGUAUUUGAAGCAUAACAAAACCACGGGUCCUCUAGUGCUCAUACUGCUGGUUGUCUUCUUUGUUAUGGAAUCCAAUGAAGAGAGUGCCAAUGUUGGAGUUGUGAUCAGGCUCACACAGAACGGCCUUACGUACGCCAUGAAUACAAUUUUGGAAUCUAUUAAGAAAGUGAAGCUUUCAACAUUCAGCAUACCUACAGCAAACGUGACGACAAGCCAUGUCAAUUAUUCGAUUCAAAACUUAACGUAUACAGAUUAUGCGAAUUUGAACGCAUCUAUUCUCAUUAAUAAAACAACUGGAUUGAGUGUAACUAUCGAUACUCUUUCGGUAAAUGCAAGUGGAAAAGUGGAGUGUCGAGAUAAAGACGAAAGGUACUGCCCCAUUUCAAUCGAAAAUCUCAGACAUGUUCACAGAAGCUUUAGGCGAUUUUAUAAACAUCUGUAG